GAAAUUGAAACGGAACACUAGAGAUGAGUCUUUGUUUGAAGAACUAUGCGAUGCCACGACUUGACGGGUUUGAUUUGAUUUGAUUUGAUUUGAUUUGGGCUUCCGAGGAAGCGAGUCUUCGAGAGAAGUUUCUUCCUCCCUCCGCUUCUCUCUCUGCUGGGAGAGGGAUUUCGAUCUGGUCUUUUAGAAUUCGAAUCUUUUGUGGUGAUCUUUCUGCUCGUGAUAGAGGAGGCGGAGAGGUUGGUUUGAUCCGAGGAAGCUUAGUGAUUUAGAGUGGUUCCAGGCGUUGGUAUCCAGGGGCAUUUUGUGCUACUGGGGUUUUUUAUUCCUUGCGAGAGGAAUGGCGAGCGAUCUGCCGAUUAACCCGGAGCUUGAGGAGGUCGAUGGCAAGAUCCAAGACAUCUUCCGAGCUCUUCAGAACGGAUUCCAGAAAUUGGAUAAGAUUAAAGACCCUAAUAGACAGUCUAAACAGCUGGAGGAGCUCACUGGGAAGAUGAGGGAAUGUAAGCGGUUAAUUAAAGAGUUUGAUCGUGAACUUAAAGAUCAGGAGAGUCGAAAUCCACCAGAGGUUAAUAAGCAGCUCAAUGAGAAGAAGCAAACCAUGAUUAAGGAGCUCAACUCAUAUGUGGCUUUGAGGAAGACGUUCCAGAGUAACCUUGGUAAUAAAAGAGUUGAACUCUUUGAUAUGGGUGCUGAAACCAGUGAUGCUGUAGCUGAGGAGAAUGUUAAGAUGGCUUCAGAUAUGUCUAACCAAGAACUAAUUGAUGCUGGAAGGAAACAGAUGGAUGAGACUGAUCAAGCUAUUGAGCGCUCAAAAAAGGUUGUUGGGCAAACUGUUGAAGUUGGAAUUCAAACUACUGCAAACCUUAAGGGCCAAACAGAACAAAUGGGUCGAAUUGUUAAUGAGCUGGACACUAUUCACUUUUCCAUCAAGAAGGCUUCUCAGUUGGUGAAAGAGAUUGGUAGGCAGGUUGCUACUGAUAAGUGCAUCAUGUUUUUCCUAUUUCUUUUAGUCUGUGGUGUAAUUGCGAUCAUCAUUGUGAAGAUAGUGCACCCAAAUAACAAGAACAUCAGAGAUAUACCUGGAUUGGCACCUCCAGCUGGGAGGAAAUUGUUAUCAUUAGAAGUUCUUGGAAAUUGACAGUAGCUUUGAUGUCUGGUUGAGAGUCUGCUCUCGAAUGUUCACGCAUCAGAAGAUCCUGAGCUUGAAGUGCCAUAUUUGUGAUGUUUUGUAAUAAUUUUUUGCCCUUGUAUAUGAUGUCUUUGUUAUGAUUGUUCCCAUUGUGAUCAUACGGCCUCCAUAUUCAUCAUAGUUUGAGAUGUAGAUGUCAUUUGCUUCCUUUGGCAGGAUCUCCCACGUCCUUCUCGUGUAUAUUUUGUAGAGAAUGAAAUGUCACAUGGAUCAUGUAAGCUGUUGGUGUGAGUGCUUUCGAACCUUGUUUCGUA